CUUGAGCAGGAAGAACUGAGCUUCAGGUAUACCGCAGGUACCUUGCAUUGCAGAUGGGUUAGAAGAGAGAAGAGCUGCUUCAUGGGAUUUUAUCACAUUUUUCCUGAAAGUCCCACACACAGGUGGGAACUUGAAGACAUGAUCAGGCCAUGGAGUCUCCUCUUUUGGGAAGGGGCUACUCAAAGAAAUCCUUGUUCCUGUUUUACCUUCUGCCACAGGAGGACACAAGAAGGUUUUCAGAUGGUGAAAAUGAUCUGUUUCCGAACACGGAUGAGCCCUGUGGGAUAGAGACACUUGAAGGUAACAGAGAGGCAGAGCUCAUGAACCAGCUGGUGCCUGUCUUUUUUGGUAGGAACCCCGACUGGGGCAGCACCUUCAGGCCUAUUUACUCAGGUUUCAUCACCAGCCAGCAGGUGCUGGAGCUGCUCUUCCCAAGUGCCGUGCCCAUCAACCCGGGUACCUGGAUGGAGCAGUACAGCGAGGCUUUCCAUCAGCCUCCAGGCCUCAUGAUUCUCCAGCUGCUGCUGCCUUACCUUCAACUGUACAUGGGUGGCUUGAAUCUGGAGCGCCAAGCACACCACCUGCUGGCACAGCUGGAGGAUGGCAAGUCCAGCGAGGCAGAGCCUGAGUUCCGGGAAGCCCGGGCUACAGACUCACUUCCAAUGCCCACCCCAGGGCUAGAGCCUCAUCAAGGAGCUGCUCUUGUGGCCAGUGAAGGAGCAGCACCAUCACCAGAGGCAGAGCUCAACGAGUGGGAGACAGCUGCUCCAUUCAUGUCCAUCUAG